ACUUUUAUAUGUCAAUUGGGCCAAUUGUUGUUUAAUUUUAAGAAGCUACUUCAACUUGGACCCAGUAGAAUCUAAUGGAUAUCAUAAUGGAUGAUAUGAAAGAAUGUCGUGUUGUGAUGCACAAACUCUCCAACGAUGCAGUUGAAAAGGGCUGGUGGUCUGGGCUGAACCGCCUGCUAAGGCCUUCUGGUGUUGGCAAAAUUAAGUCUGAUGCAACAGCAGCCAGUGGCUCAUCUCUACACCCUAAAGUCGUUGCAGUUAAUAUCAAGCUUGAGCCUCUAAAUGAGGAGGAUGACAUAUCUGUGAAGGAUGAACCCAUUGAUAUUGAUGAAAAUCAGCAACCUCCACCUUCCUCAUCUUGUGUGCCAUGCAAGGAGGAAGCUCAAGUUGAGGCUCGGGACGCCCAUCAAUGUGCCUCACAGGACGCUGCUGCUAUGCCUAAGGAACAGGAUAGUUCAGGAGAGCCUCCCGGCCCUGGGUGUGGUGGCCAGCUAGCUCCACCUUCCCCAUCAGCAACAGAUGCCAGUGGCUCAUCUCUGCGCCCUAAAGUCAUAGCAGUUAACAUCAAGCUUGAGCCUCUAUAUGAGGAUGAUGACAUAUCUGUGAAGGAUGAGCCUAUUGAUAUAGAUGAAAAUCAGCAAACUCCACCUUCCUCAUCUUGUGUGCCAUGCAAGGAGGAAGCUCAAGUUGAGGCUCGGGACGCCCACCGACGUUCCUCACAGGACGCUGCUGCUGUGCCUGAGGAACAGGCUGGUUCAGGUGAGCCUCCCAGCCCCGGGUGUGGUGACCAGCUAGCUCCACCUCCCCCAUCAGCAACAGAGGCCAGUGGCUCAUCUCUGAGCCCUAAAGUCGUUGCAGUUAAGAUCAAGCUUGACCCUAUAUAUAAGGAAGAGGACAUAUCUGCGAAGGAUGAGCCUAUUGAUAUUGAUGAAAAUCAGCAAACUCCACCUUCCUCAUCUUGUGUGCCAUGCAAGGAGGAAGCUCAAGUUGAGGCAUGA